GUGAAGGAUCAGGUCCUCACAAAUAAGCUACUUCAGAGAUGGCAAAGCUUGAUCCAAUGGAUCUAGUGGGCACAAUUGAAUCGGAUGAGGAGAUUGACGAUCUUGAUGAGGAUGAGGAGGUCGUGGAUGAUGUCGAGGCUGCACCCGUGCCUGCCAAACAGAAUGUCAAAAAGCGCAAGCACGCAGAAGUCGGGGAUCUUGCUGGCGAUUUUGUGUUUGAAGAUGAUUCUGCAGGUGCGACGGCAGACUUGGACGGUUGGCAAUUUGAUGAUCAAGCUAUGAACCGCGAAAAAGCUGGUGUGGACAUUGACGAAUUGAUCAAGAGACGCCGGACAGCUGGCAAGGGCACUGCAAUAGAAGCCCCUGUUUCGGACGCCGAAGAAGAAGAUGACGAAGAAGAAUUCGCAGGCUUCGCUUCGGAUGAUGAGGUGCCCGACGAUGGAUUUGGCGCUGGUGCCGCUGACGAGGACGAAGAGGCCGAACAACCUGAAGAGGCUUCUGAAGAAGAAGCUUUGGAUAAAGAUGAGGAGCAAGAGAGCGAUGUGGAAUCAGAGGCUGAAAUCGUUGCGCAUCCUAAUGACGCUGCUUCAGACGCUAGCGACGAUGAAGAAGUGUCUGCUGCAGAAAAGCAGCGUCAGAAGGAAUACUUUGCGGACGAAGAGGUGCAAAUACCCUUGAAUGCUGAACAGAGCGCCAAGUUGGCCGACUUCCGCAACAUGAACCUUUCGCGACCUAUUCUACGAGCUCUCACAGCGAUGAACUUUGCCUCAGCGACGCCCAUUCAGGCCAAAGCCAUUCCUGUAGCUCUCAUGGGCAAGGACGUUGUCGGUGGUGCCGUCACUGGUUCAGGAAAGACUGCGGCCUUUAUGAUACCCAUCCUCGAACGGCUCUUGUACCGCCCGAAAAAGGUGGCCUCGACUCGUGUCCUUGUUCUCUGUCCGACUCGAGAGCUCGCCAUGCAAUGUCAUGCAGUUGCCAAAAAACUGGCUGCUUUUACAGACAUCAAAUGCGCACUCGUUGUGGGCGGUCUCUCUCUCAAAGUACAAGAAGCUGAGCUGCGUACACGGCCGGAUGUUGUCAUUGCCACGCCCGGUCGUUUUAUUGACCAUUUCCGCAAUUCACAGGGCUUCACGGUCGAGAACAUCGAAAUUAUGGUCAUGGACGAAGCCGACCGCAUGCUUGAAGAAGGUUUCGCAGACGAGCUCAAUGAGAUCAUCAAUGCUUGUCCGAGAUCUCGUCAAACCAUGCUCUUCUCCGCAACAAUGACUGACAAGAUUGAUGAUCUCGUUCGACUGUCGCUCAACAAACCCGUGCGACUUCUCGUCAAUGCAAAGAAGGAGACAGCCGAACACCUUAUCCAGGAGUUUGUGAGAAUCAGGCCGCAAAGAGAGCACACUCGAUCUGCUAUCCUCGUUCAUCUCUGUCAAAAGCUAUUCAAACAAAGGUGCAUCGUCUUCUUCCGCAGUAAAGUCCUCGCGCAUCGCAUGCGUGUCAUCUUUGGUAUUCUCGGCAUGCGUGCUGGCGAAUUACACGGUAAUUUGUCACAAGAACAACGUGUCCUUGCCCUCGAGUCCUUCCGAGAUGGACGAAUUGACUUUUUGCUCGCCACAGAUCUCGCCUCGCGUGGUCUCGACAUCAAGGGCAUUGAUACAGUCAUCAAUUACGAAGCGCCGCAAUCCCACGAGAUAUACUUGCACCGCGUUGGUCGUACAGCGCGUGCUGGUAGACAAGGUCGAUCUGUCACCCUCGCGGGCGAGAAUGAUCGUAAAGUUGUGAAGGCUGCAGUCAAGUCCUCUGCGGCACUCAAGUCAAAGGUCCAAUCACGCGCCCUCGAUGCUGGCGAGAUGGAUGUUUUGGCAAAGAAGUUGCAGGAUCUUGAGGAAGAAAUCGAGGCGGUCCUCAAGGAUGAGAGCCAAGAACGACAGAUGCGUCAAGCUGAGAUGGAACUCAAACGUGGAGAAAACAACCUCAAGUAUCGCGAAGAGAUCCAGGCUCGACCAAGGCGGACGUGGUUCACAACUGAAGACGAGAAGCAAAAGUCUUCGCAGCGAGGCAAGGAGUUGCUCAAUGGCGCUGACGGCAAGAGCGCUGCUGCAGCUAAACAGAAACAAGCACCCAAACCAAUCUCAAAUAAAGACAAGAAGCGUCUAGAUGCGAAACGGGAUCGUAAGGAAGGCAAAGUCUAUGGCAAACGUGACAAGAGUGACGGUCCGAAGGAAAAGCCAAAGUCACGCGCAAAGAAGUCUCGCAAGUAGGAUUCGUCCAUCAUCAUGUAGAAUUCACCUAUGGGCUCGAUUCUCAAGUUGUGUUCGUGCAUCAUCUGCUUUGAGCUGCAGUAGUAAGGUAUGCACGAUGAUUGUCAUCGAGCAAAUGCCAAAUACGCAUGCUCUCUUGCCUGCCAAAGCUGCCUAUCCACCACACAUCUUCUAAGCGCUGCA